AUGCAUUUGGACGGGCUUCUGCAGGUUAUCGGAGAGUUUGGUACUUACCAGAGACGACAGUAUUUUCUGGUAUGUCUUGUUAGGUUAUAUGCAAUAUUACCCCUACUGGCGACGGUGUUCCUGGCGGCAACGCCCAAACACCACUGUAAACUGCCCGCUGAGCACGUGGCGCGCGCGGAGAGGGUCUACGGCAACCUUUCCCACGAGGAGCUGCUGAACCUGUCCAUCCCUUGGGAAGAAAACGGCGGCCAACUGACUAGAAGCAGUUGUAAGCUUUAUCCAUGGACAAGGCCUAACCAAACUCUCACCUCCUAUAAUGAGACGCACUCUGUUCCAAGUGUUAACGAGACAGAAAGCAUAGCGUGUCCUCUGGGACUGGAAUAUAGCCAGGAUAUUUAUACAUCAACGGUGGUGUCAGAGAUAGGAUGUGGAAAUGUAUCUUUUAGACUGGGUUCCCAUCCCUAG